AUACCUGAAAACGAGCUUAAGGGGCAAAACGCGGCUGUCGCGCGCGGUGCCAUAGAGGGCGCACUCGCAGGCUCAGCAAUCGUAGCACCGACAUGGUACCUGCUAAAUCGCAGAUGGCCGGCUUUUCGUGCUUUGCCCACUGCGAUGAAGACGCUGGGCGCCGUCAUCAUCUUAGCGCCCUUAAUUUCCAUUAGGGCGGAGCACCGUGGGCUGGACUUUGAUCGCCAGCACUGGUCGGGUAUUGAAAAGACGGAGCUGGAGAAGGAACGAGAGGAAGAGCGGAGGAGGUGGGCUUCGUUGAGCCCUAAGGAUAAAUUAGCGGAGUGGACAGCGAAACACCAGCUCAGCGUUAUCGUUGGCAGCUGGGCCCUUACUAUGGGUCUCGUCGGAAGCAAAGUCAUGCGUGACCCCUUGAUCUCUACGCCAAACAAGAUUGUUCAAGUGCGUCUCUGGGCUCAGGGACUUACUAUCGGUGUCAUCAUCGCAGCAGCCGCUCUAACACACUCUCAGCGCGCACAGGCGGCUAACAUGAGGAAGCACUCUCCAGAUCAUACUUGGGUUUACCUGCUGGACGAACAGCGCCUUAACAAGGAACGUGCACAAAAGGCUUAG